GUUGUAUAUCAAUUAUCAACUUGAUUGUCAUUUAAAUUAGAUAAGUUUAUAAUUCAUACACGAUAACAAUAAAUGCAAUGAUAAGAGCAUUUAAUCGCAAUUUGUUCAGUUGUAUUAAUAAUUCUCACAAACGAUACUCCUCACUAUCAUCAAUAAAAAAAUCUAUUUAUUCUUAUAGACAAUUAAAUAAAUCAAGUACAUUAAAUAAUAAUAGGUUUUUUAAAAAUUAUACCACAAUGAGCGACGAUUUAUCAUUGUACACUUUACCAAACACUCAACCCGUUGUGGUACUCGAGUGUGAAAGAGCAUUUAGCGCAUUAUCAAAAAAAGAAAAACUUUAUGCUCAUUAUUUAAGUCAAGCUGCUUGGAACGGUGGACUCAUUGUUUUAAUUCAAACAUCACCAGAAUCACCAUUAAUUUUUACAUUCUUGCAUAAAAUAUUUAGUUCCGAAUCAAUUGAAGAGUUUAAAAAAUCAUGUCUAGCUUCUGGAGUCACUGAGGAUGAAUUUACUGCAUUUCUAGUUUACGCAUGUGGAAUUUUAUCAAAUGCUGGCAACUACAAGUCAUUUGGAGAUAGUAAAAUAAUUCCAAACUUACCAAAAGAUAAGUAUGAACUGAUAAUGAAAGCAUCAAAAGCCUAUAAACAAAAUUCGAAAGAAUUAAAUGAUUUGUGGAGUAAAAUAAAAGACAGCAUGUACUCACUGGAAGGUAAAGUUAAAUCACUAGGUUUGGGUGAUAAAGGAAUAACAACAUAUUUUUCUGGCAAUUGUACUGAAGAAGACGCUGAUUUGGUUAAAGAAUUCAUGCAGAGUAAAAAUUAUGAAGCAUAUAACAACAGAUGCUUCAAAACAGUCGAGUAUUACACUGAAUCAGGUCAGAAAAAAGAGCGUAAUGUAUAUGAGAUUAAAUUGGCAUCACUUGAGGAAAAUGAUGAUCCGAAGAUAACUUUACCUGCUGAAUUAUUUAAAGGCUCGAAAUUUUUCGUAAGUCGUGGUGAUUACAGUAAAUUAUUUACUGCAGUUAUUGAUAAUUUGACAAAAGCUAAAGAGUACGCAGCUAAUGAUAAUGAAUUAAAUAUGUUGGAUAAAUAUAUAAGUCAUUUUAAGACGGGAUCGUUGGAUGAUCAUAAAGAUGGCUCGCGUUUUUGGAUUAAAGAUAAGGGACCAGUUAUUGAAACUUAUAUUGGAUUUAUUGAAACUUAUCGUGAUCCAGCUGGACAACGUGGCGAGUUUGAAGGUUUCGUUGCUAUGGUUAACAAAGAAAUGUCACAAAAAUUUUCAACUCUUGUUACUCGUGCUGAAGAAUUUUUACCGAAAUUACCGUGGGGUAAAGACUUUGAAAAAGAUCACUUUUUACGACCGGACUUUACAUCUCUUGAUGUUUUAACAUUCUCUGGAUCGGGUAUUCCAGCUGGAAUAAAUAUUCCUAAUUAUGAUGAAAUAAGACAGAGUGAGGGAUUUAAAAAUGUAUCUCUAGGUAAUGUGAUUCCUGCGAAUAUGAAGCAAGAUGUUAUUCCAUUUUUGUCUGAUGAAGAUCAAACUUUUAUGAACAAACAUCGUAUUGCUAGUUUUGAAGUCCAAGUUGGUCUUCAUGAACUACUUGGUCAUGGUAGUGGAAAACUCUUUAGGAAACUAGCUAAUGGAGAAUAUAAUUUUGAUAUUAAAACGGUUAAAAAUCCAUUAACUGGUGAAUUGAUUGACAAAUAUUUUUUGGAAGGUGAGACUUAUGAUUCUAAAUUUGGUGCUAUGGGAUCUUCGUACGAAGAAUGUCGUGCUGAAGCUGUUGGUCUUUAUUUGAGUCUCGAAAAAGACGUACUAAAGAUAUUUGGUUAUGAUGACAAAGACGCUGAUGACAUUAUUUAUGUCAAUUGGUUGUCAUUGUUGUGGAACGGAUGUGCCAAAGCAUUGGAAAUGUAUCAGCCCUCUACGAAAAAAUGGCUUCAAGCUCAUUCACAAGCACGAUAUGUACUGCUAAGAGUGUGCUUGGAAGCUGGCGAAGACUUUGUUAAAAUUGUCGAAACUGAACAGGACAAAAAUCUAAGAUUGACUCUGGACAGAAGUAAACUUAAUACCGUUGGUAAGAAAGCUGUUGGUGAAUUUUUGAAGAAACUUCAGGUUUACAAGAGUCUUGGUGAUUAUGAAUCUGCUAAAUUGAUGUAUGAUCAUUAUUCUGAUGUACCUGAGACUGGAGCACAGCCCUGGGCAAGAUGGAGAAAUAUCAUUUUGGCUCAUAAACAACCAAGGAAAAUUUUCGUUCAAUCUAAUACUUUUGUUGAAGGUUCUGACGAAGAUGUUAAAUUAAAAAAUUAUGAUCCAACAUUUGAUGGCCUAAUCCAAUCAUGGAUUGAUCGUUUCCCGUCACCAAAAGUCGAAGAAACACUUAUUGAAUUAUGGGAAAAAGAUCAACCGCAUUUCGCACCUCAACUUCUCAAUUAAUUAAUUAAAUUUUUCACAAAUAAUAAUGAUUCAAAAAUUUUUUAUUGCAAUAUAUGUAAUUUUUCAUUUUACAUAAAAAAAUAAAUUUAUAUCGAUAAAA